UGGGGUGGGUAGCGCGUUCCGGGUCGCUCCCCGUGGCGGCUGGUGGGUUCCGGCGGCGGGAUGCGGCUGGCGGCGGGCGCGCUGCGGGGCUGGCGGGAGCGCUUCGAUUUCGGCGGCCGGGACGUGGCCGCCUGGUUCCCCGGGCACAUGGCCAAAGGCCUGCGGCGGAUGAAGGAGAUGCUGCGCAAGGUGGACUGCCUUAUCGAGGUGCACGAUGCCCGAAUCCCAUUCUCGGGCCGGAACCCAGCCUUCCAGGAAGCCCUGGGAAUCAAACCUCAUCUGCUUGUACUGAACAAAAUGGACCUGGCUGAUCUGACUCACAAAGCAAGAAUUCUGGAGCACUUGGAGCAGGAAGGGCUCAAAAACAUCCUCUUCACAAACUGCGUAAAAGAUGAAAAUGUCAAGAAGGUCAUCCCUCUCGUCACGGAUCUGGUCAGCAGCAGCCAGCGCUACCAGAGAGCUGAGAACGUGGAGUACUGCAUCAUGGUGAUUGGGGUGCCCAACGUGGGGAAAUCCUCCAUUAUCAACUCCAUGCGGAGGCUGCACCUCAAAAAGGGGAAAGCGUCCCCCGUGGGUGGUGAGCCGGGGAUCACCAAGGCCGUGCUUACCAGAAUCCAGGUCUCCGAGAGGCCCCUUAUGUACCUGCUGGACACGCCUGGGGUGCUGGCUCCGAGAAUAGAGAGCGUGGAGACGGGCAUGAAGCUGGCCCUGUGUGGGGCCAUCCGGGACCACCUGGUGGGUGAGGACAUCAUGGCCGACUACCUGCUGUACACCCUGAACAAGCAGCAGCAGUUCAGCUACGUGGAGCGCUAUGGGCUGGGCGAGCCCAGUGACGACAUCGAGAGCGUGCUCAAGCGGGUGGCACUGAACCUGGGAAAGAAGCACAAAGUGAAGGUGCUCACAGGGACAGGGGACGUGAACGUGAUCGCGCCCAACUAUCCUGCAGCUGCCUAUGAGCUCCUGCGCACCUUCCGCAAGGGGGAGCUGGGCCCGGUGCUGUUGGACUGAGCCCUGCCCAGCCCCCACACCUGGCUCAGGCUCAGCGGGAGGAUGGACCCACCUGCCAGUGCAGGGCACUCGAAGACCUGCCACUGGGUUCAGCCAUUGCCUUGUCCCCUUAGUGCUGCCUGCCAAGGGCUGAGACUGCCUGGCCUCAGGGAGAGCUGCCAUCCUCUUGGCCAGGGUUGAUCAUGGCAUAGAGUGGGCUCACGGGCAAAGUGGGAUGUGGCGGUGCCCAGGCUGUUUCCCUCCUCCUGCCCCAUGCACACGCAGCUCUGGGGUUGGUGUGGCCGGGAGAGCAGCCCUCGUGGGUCUGUGUUUGGCUUCCUAGCCAGAGCUCCUGUCAUUGCUUGGGUGGGUUCUGCCUUCCCGUCAUCCCCAAGGAUAACGUGCUGUGAACAGACCCUAGCCCAGGGACUCCUGCAUUCUCUGUCGGGGGCAGGGAGGUCUUGGGACAGUUCAGGGCCCUGCCUUUCCCCGGCAUAGGUUCAUGUUCCUUUGGGCUGUUGCCCCCGUGGGCAGAGCCAGCCUCUGUGUCUCCUGGAAGAACAGAUCACGCCCUGCCAGGGACCCCUUCAACGAGACGUGCUCCAGCUGUGUCCAGGCAAACCCCCAUCUGCACUGUCACUGCCGCAGUGCUGGCAGCCCACUUAUCUCCAGUGGCCAGCAAGCCCCAGAAGGCAGGUACAGCAUGUGGUGGCAGCUUAGUUUAAAAUAAAAAUUGGGGCACAUGUAAUGAAAUCCAAGCCCUCUGCUGCUGGGAUUUAUUGGCCAUUAAAUUCAGUUACCACAUUG